AUGAUUGAAGCCAUUCGAGACCCCCAGUCCUUUCUCACCCUCACGCUGUCCUUGCGGCGACUAGAUCCGAUUGGUUCCAGCCAAAUUGCUGCCAUUGCCAGUGACAUUGCGUAUGGCGUGCGAUCCCCCGAUGGCGUUCGGUUCUUUGUCGCCUCUGCCACCAGUCUGGAAAGAGGAGUGGUCGUGACGUCGUUCGCAAUGCACAGCUCGGGUCGUGGAUUGCUUUUGAGCCCCACCGUGUCUAUGGAAGAAGCCACUGAGUUGGGGGAAAUCUUCGCUAACACGGUCGAACUCUUGCUGGUUCAAGUCAUGGGCAACGACUCGGCUACGGCAGCCUUCAACGCCAGCUAUUGCCGCCAUCGAUCGAGCCCAACCACCGCUGCAUGGAAAGAAGACUUGAUCAUGUAUGUGCUCGGGAAUCUGCAGCCUCCGUCGCCAUCCAAAUUGGCUGGAGCUAUGCGGUCCGCAUCCAUCGAUCGAGAUGCCGACCUACUCACGGCCUGGUCGAUGCAGUUCUUGGAAUACAUUCAAGCCCCCACGGACGACGCUGCGCCGUUUGUAGCCAGGGGAUUCAAGCGACAUGCGCUGUUUGUGUGGGAAGUCGACGGUAAUCCAGUGGGGUUUGCAGGCUACGCAUCCCCCGUCACUGUCGAAGGCGAAACGGUGUUUAAAAUUGGGCCAGUGUUCGUAGCCCCGUCAGAGCGACGCCAGGGCUAUGCCUCUGCACUCACUGCAGCCCUGUGCCGGCACUUACUCGAGUCAAACAUACUGCCAACUGCUGCUCGCAUCUGCCUUUUUGCCAACGCAGCAAACCCGGCCUCCAACAAAGCCUACCAAAAUGUAGGCUUUGAAUUGCACAGUCGACGGGUGGCGUAUUCGUUUGAAAGUGCCUGCUCAAGUAUUUAACCCAUACAAUAUCCCCCCACCAAACAGUCACCCGAGUUUAUCCAGCAAAAUAUGCCAUUAUUCCCAUUGAAUAUGGAGCACGAGGGUUUGCACGUUGCAAA